GGUGGCGGCAGUGAGCAGUUAUCGCGAGAGCACGUAGAAUUCCAGGCGCUUGUGUGUAUUUGCGCUCUCUCUUCUGUCUUCUCCCCCCUUGCUCCGUUGGGAAAGAAGAAAAUAAACCCAGUGCUGCUAACCAGGCUAGUUAUGGAACCAAGCCCUAAGUACUCGUUUUGGCAUCUGUGACUGCCCAAGAGGUGCUCGCCCUGCAUACUGUGUUCCCACCUGGGAGGAAAGCACAUGAAGCUUUUUGAUUUUUUUGACCGAGUCUUUUUCUUUAAAAAGUUGAAUACGCCAGCAAGGGAAGGAUUUCAUUAGCUAGCCUAUCUGUGUGCGAGCUAACUGGGCUAGCUUAGCAAGGAGCACUGGAUGAACUUCGCAUGGACUGAGUGCUGCGAACGGGAUAGUAGCCUCCUGUCUGACUGUGAGCCGCCUUUUGGAUUGAGUCUUUCAUAUGGGAGUGCGUUGUUACUUAAAUGACACUGUUUUCCCGGAGCUCGAAGGCCAUAACUGUGUACAAAUGUUGCUUUUGCGGCUCACACCAUCACGUUAUUGAUCUGGAUACCCAUUGGAAAGCUAACAGGAUAUUAGCCACCUUCUUGCCGCUACGCUUUGUGGUUGCAGGCCAUGGACUGAAAGGCAUUCAUCACUGAAGGAUGAGAAGGCUGGCUUGAUGGCAGCUAAUUAUUUAUUGGGAGGCAGCAAUUGGAUACAGCUAAAGCGAUAAAAGAAGCUUUGAACGUCGUCCCAGAACUGUUAAACUCUUGGUUUGGUCUUUCUUUUUUUUUAGCUUGACAAUGCAUCGGUGUGCUGGGGCUUUUUUCAAGUUAGGAUAAGAAGAGACGCACAAGAAAACAGCGAGAUUGCACCUUCUGCGUUUCCCCACGGAAAUUAUUCAUUUUUUAAAAUAUUAUAAUUAUUAAGAGGUGAAAUAUAAUGUCUACCGCUAAAGAAAAUCCCUGUAGGAAAUUCCAAGCAAACUUCUUCAACAAAAGUAAAUGUCAGAACUGCUUCAAACCCCGGGAGCUGCACCUACUGACAGACCAGGAUUUGACCCAGGCCAAACCUAUUUAUGGUGGAUGGCUGUGCUUGGCUCCUGAAGGAACUGACUUUGACAAUCCUAUGCAGAGAUCUCGGAAAUGGCAACGGAGAUUUUUUGUGCUGUACGAACAUGGCUGUCUGCGCUUUGCCCUGGACGAAUCGCCAAGCACGCUCCCUCAGGGCACAGUCAACAUGAACCUGUGUACAGACGUCAUUGAUGCAGAGCCCAAGACGGGCCAGAAGAACUCACUGUGCAUCAUCACACCCGACCAGGAGUACUACAUCAGAGGAGAGAAUAAGGAGAUCAUCAAUGGGUGGAGUGAACAGCUGAUUGUCUACCCCCGAACCAACAAACAGAACCAGAAGAAGAAACGCAAAGUUGAGCCUGCCACCUCCCAGGAGCCGGGUCCAGCCAAGGUAGCAGUAACUGGGUCUGGUAUCCCAGAAGCGGAAAAAGUUCCAGAUUCAAGCUCCAUCAUCUGGCAGGAAGAACUGAACCAGAGGGAGGCUGAAGGGGCAGCAGUCUGGACUGCUGCUGAGCUACCUUCAGGAUCACCACUGCCCCCUACAGGGGACUCUGCGUCUGCGGCCCAGGCUUCUGAUGCAGGCUCAGUGAACGGUGAUGAAGUGGACCGGGGCAGCCUGCCGUUGCACGGCUCCACCCCCCAGCCUCCCAGCGACCUGCUGUCCCCGACCGGCUCCUGCUCCAGCCUGGGAGGCAUUCCGCGCUGCCUCUCACCAGCUCCCAGCGACCCCUUCCCCUCCGGCAGCUCCCUGCUCUCCAACGGCUCUCACAUCAGCGGCUCGGUCAGCUCUCUCGACUCGGAUGCCAGCGGCAGCACGGUGACGAGCACAGACAGCCACCCGGCCACCCAGAGGAGCGGUCACUCCUACAGCCACCACGACACGCCGCGGUCUCGGCGGUUGGAGGCUGAGGCUAGAAAGGCUGAGAAGAGGAGCCGGUUCAGGAGCCCAGACAGGCAGGAGAGAGAGGCCGUCUUCAGCCCCGAGAGGAGUCGCUCCGGUGUUAUCGAGAAGUUGGAGGCCUUGGAGUUGGAGAAUCCGGAAAAAAUGGAGGUGGAGGAGUCGGGGAGAAGCAGAGUCAGACAAGGCCGAAGUGAACACAGACGCUUCCAGAGAGAGGAACAGAGGCAAGACGUGGGUCAGGGUCUGGACUUUCCCUCUACCCUGCCCCCUCUGAGAAGAGCCAAGUCGUUGGACCGGAGGACCACUGAGUCAGUCAUGACGCCGGACUUGCUGAACUUCAAGAAAGGCUGGAUGGUGAAACUUGACGAGCAAGGCCAGUGGAAGAAGUACUGGUUUGUGCUGACUGAUCACAGCCUGAGAUACUACAAGGAUUCAAUUGCAGAGGAGGCCUCUGACCUGGAUGGUGAGAUUGACCUGUCCACCUGCUACAAUGUAACUGAAUACCAGGCUCAGCGAAACUAUGGCUUUCAGAUUCAUACGCAGGAAGGAGUGCAUACUCUGUCUGCCAUGACAGCAGGCAUACGUAGGAACUGGAUCCAGGCAGUCAUGAAGAAUGUCAGACCCUCCACUGCCCCUGAUGUGGCAAGCUCGACCGAGGAUCAUGGCUCAUUCUCUCCUUUAGAGGGUCUCGUCAGACCAGAUGUCACUCAGGACUCUCCUUCUUCUGAGGCCUCAUCUGUAGACAAAGAAGCCACUUCUGGAGUCAAUAAGAGCCGAGCUCGCGAGCGCAGGCGAGAAGGCCGCUCUAAGACAUUUGACUGGGCAGAGUUCAGGCCCAUAGCCCAGGCUCUGGCUCAACAGCGGGCGCAGGAAGCCGAGAGUCUCCAGGCAGACAUGGGGGAGCUCGAGCGCAGUCGGAGAAGAGAGGAGAGACGGAAGAGGUACGAGAACGUGACAAGCUCAGACCCUGCAUCGGUUAAAGAAGGAGGGAGGACCGACGAUGAGAGGGGAGACGAACCUCCGGGUUCGCUAGGUCCCGUAUCUCUGGAGAGGCAGCAGAUGGUGGAGGAGGUGAUCGAAGAACACUGGCGACAGGUAGAGAAGACGCCCAUGCGGGAGGAAAGGAGGGUGCCGCUGCCCACCGCAGUGCAACCUAGAGAGACUGUAGAGCUGGAGCAGCUACUGGAGAGUUAUAAGCAAGGGAUUGAGGACCUGAAGGCACAGUUGAAGAGCUGUCACAAGCAGCUCCUGGACUCAAAUAAGCACAAACAGGAGCUGGAGAUCCAGCUGAGAAUGGCUCUGGAGAGAGAGCAGGAUGACCGAUCUGGUUACAUCUCUCCGCUGGAGCAACCUUUGGGUCUGGAGGCUGAUGUGACGCCCCAGAUGAAGAGGCCCGAACUGGCCACCUGUGAGAGAGGUUUCGCUGCAAUGGAGGAGUCUCACCAGAAAGUGAUCGACGAGCUGCAGAAGAAACACCAGAGAGAGCUGGAGAACCUGAAGGAGGAGAAGGAGAGGCUGCUGGCCGAGGAGACGGCAGCCACCAUCGCAGCUAUUGAAGCAAUGAAAAACGCCCACCGUACAGAGCUGGAGAAGGAGCUGGAAAAGGCUCGCAAAGCCAACAACAAUACGGAGAAUGCAGACAUCGAGGAGAUCCGCAGACAGCAUGAGGAGGAGUUGUGUUCCUUCCAGCGGGAGAUUGAGGUGUUGUCGGAACAGUAUUCCCAGAAGUGCCUGGAAAACGCCCACCUGGCCCAGGCACUGGAGGCAGAGCGACAGGCCCUCAGGCAGUGUCAGAGAGAGAACCAGGAGCUCAACGCGCACAACCAGGAGCUGAACAACCGACUGGCAGCAGAAAUCACUAAGAUGCGCUCCAUGACUUCUGAGGAUGGAGUGGGAGACACAAAUACCACAAUACAGGGGAAGGAGCUCUACGAGUUAGAAGUUAUGCUGCGAGUGAAGGAGUCUGAAGUCCAGUACCUGAAGCAGGAAAUCAACUCCCUCAAAGAUGAACUGCAAGCAGCCCAAAGAGAUAAGAAAUAUGCAACAGAUAAGUACAAGGACAUUUACACAGAGCUGAGCAUUGUCAAGGCCAAAGCAGAGCGGGAUCUGGGCCGGCUCAGAGACCAGCUGCAGCUGGCUCAUGAGGCGCUCGGGGAGCCGGCGCUGGAGGAGGUGGAACGAGGGGGCUAUGAUAUCAUGAAGUCCAAAAGCAACCCUGACAUCCUCAAGAUGGCAGCUGCUGCAGCGAAACGCUCAGAGCGCACCAUGAGGUCAAAGAGUCUGAAGGAAGGGCUGACAGCGGAGCAGAGACUCCACCUGUUUGAAAAUAAAGACACUAAGGAGUUCUGACAGUGACACGUCACGUCCCCCUACCUUGCUGCAUGUUUAGAAGCCCACUAUAUUUUAGCUCUGUAAUGACUUAUUUAGUAACAACUACACACUGGUCACCAAACACAGAUCAUUUAUUAUUAAAAACAUGCUAUGAAGUUUGAAUUUCAUGUUUAGUUUGCAUUCCAUGCACUUCAGUUAACUGUGACUUUUUUGUAUUUUUUUUCCUUACUGUAAAUACUGUUUUUAAAUGAGCAUUUUUCAUGCAUACACUAGAACUAUGACUGUGUAAGCUACUGUUUUAACUCUCUAGACUGUUGCUAGCCAAAAGCAUAAAUGUGAUGUUAAAUGGCUAAACUACAACUACAUAAUGACGAGUAAUACUUGCAUAACAAAACCGUAGGAAUGAGUCUGGCGUUCAGUCUGCACGUUAACGCUCCUCCUCUCCGUUAUCAUUCCAGCACAGAUGGAAGUGUUGCUCAGUAAACAAGCUAUAGAACAAAAGUGCUUGUCUGCAUUAGAAAAAAAGUGCUCACCCAUGUUGCUGCUUUGUGUUACUUUGAAAUUAACAUCAAAGAUGUUUCUGCAGUCUUGGGGAAAAAAAUCAGAUAAAAUCAGUGCGCGACAGCUGAAUGCAUCAGGACAAGAUUCACUGACUAUAAUUUAAAUAUAUAUGAAAGUUUAUAUAGAUUUUUUUUUCUCUCACUGCAAUCAUUGGUCCAACUGUAUAGGAGUUGCUGGAGUUGGUUUAUGUUUGUAGUCUUGUUCAGUGGCAGUCCCUUUGUAUUUAUUUAAGUGGUUGGGAUUUUUCUUUCACAUUCCCAUUCCUCUGUACUCUAUUAUUGUAAAUAUAAAGCAAAUAUACACCAACUGACUACAGGUUUAUUAGCAAUAAAUAUUUUUGCACCCUU